AUGCAGAUGUGGUGGUAUCGCCGGAGGCCAGGACGCUGGGCGAGCUGGAAGCUGUUAGGCCCACACGUGACUAUUUACGCCUCAGGCCGCCACUGCGUCAUCCACACCUAUUGCCUUAACGCCUGUCUUAGUUAUCGGCUUCCAAGGUUUUCCCCUCCUUUGCCCCACUCUGUCCUCCUCUCCACGGCAGCUUCCACGCUCUUGUGCAGUCUUUGGCAAGACGGAAAUAGCAAUCGUAUGCGUCGCAUUGGAAAAGAAAUUGCGGACAUUCACGCCGAUGUCCACUCUCACAUAAAGGCGGAGCCAUUUGGCAACCUGGACGAUCUCACUCACCUAAGGGGGUCGUUUCCAGGGCCACCAGGUACCCCAUAUGAAGGUGGCAUCUACAAUAUCGAUAUCAAAAUCCCAACGGACUAUCCUUUUCGACCACCUACCAUGAAGUUUGAGACCAAAGUGUGGCAUCCAAAUGUCAGCAGUCAAACGGGCGCAAUCUGCCUCGACACACUUUCCAGUGCUUGGUCACCAGUUCUGACUAUCAAGUCCGCUCUGCUUUCACUGCAGUCUUUGCUCAGCACUCCCGAGCCCAAAGAUCCCCAAGAUGCUGAAGUGGCUAAUAUGCUUCUCAAGUCACCCAAGGAAUUUGAGCGUGUUGCACGCGACUGGGCAGUCCUCUAUGCUGGAGCUCCCGUGCGUAGUGCUGACAAUGGAAGCGGAUCAAGCCUAGAUGACACUCGGCAAGCAGCUAGCGAAGAUAAUCUCGCAAAAUAUGAUGGGUACAACAAGAAUUUAAUCGACCGUUUCUCCAGCAUGGGCUUCGACGUUGAUCGUGUUGUGGCUGCUUUCCGAUAUGUCGGUGUCGAAAGACGGGGAGGUCAAGACUAUGAGUUGGAAGAAGGUCGUAUGGGUGAUAUUGCCGCCCGACUUCUCGGUGAGUGA